GUGACGGGAGGUGGGGUUCCGGUGUGUGACGUCACCAAAGAUGGUGGUGGGCGCUUUUCCCAUCGCGAAGCUCCUGUACCUGGGGAUCCGGCAGAUCAGUAAGCCGCUCGCCAACCGGAUCAAGGCGGGAGCUCGGCGCAGCGAAUUCUUCCGCACCUACGUCUGCCUGCCGCCCGCUCAAGUGUACCAUUGGGUGGAGAUGCGAGCGAAGAUGAGGAUCAUGGGUUUCCGCGGAGCUGCCAUUAAGCCACUGAACGAGGAGGUGGCGGCUGAACUGGGGGCGGAGCUUCUAGGGGAAGCCACCGUCUUUUUGAUUGGAGGCGCUUGUUUGGUAGCAGAGUACUCGCGGCAGGCCACCAACUCCCGCCGGAAAGAGGAGGAGCUAGAGGCCAGACUAAGCAGCAUGGAGGGCGAGAUCGCGAGGCUGGGUCUCCUGACAGAUGAGCUGGACGCUCGCGCCCGAGCCACAGAGAGGCAGCUACUGGCAAAGUGAGACUUGUGGUGAAGCUGCCACCGGCCUGGUGUCCACUCCGGCCACAGAACCCAGGGACGUGCCGUCUGAGGAGAGGCCGGGCAACACUGCCGCCGGUGCAGGGAUGUGUAUAUGCAGGGAAUAAAGGACAUUGCUGGGAUGUCUGCGCAGCCAUCACUCCACACAACAGGCAAAACGUUUUAUUUCUAGAAAACCGCUUACAAAAAAAACAGUCCAAUAUAUAUAUAGAUAUCAGCGCAAAGUAGUCCAAAACCAACCCCCAAUACCUCCAGUGUGUGACACUACUACCCCCAACCUGCCAUCUCAGCAAAGGAACCCGCCACCUACAAUCCUGUGAGAAGUACCCGCCACCCAAAACAGAGCAAACAAUUCUGCUACAAAAUUUGUACAAAAAUUGAAAUGAUUUAAAAAUAUCAAUAAAAAAAACCCGUCAAUUAUC